AUGGCCACCGCUCACAGCAACCAAUUUGUCGAAGAAUACCGCCGUUACCUCAAAAAUGAAUUAGGAUGGGCGGAUCUUGUUUAUUUAUGCCGAACGGGAAGCUUGCGGACAGCUGCCACGCGCUCAAUAUCAUGGCGUAUUCUUCUUAAUGUAUUACCAUUAAAUUGUCUCGAAUGGGGUACGGUACUCGACCGACAUCGUCAAAAUUAUAUGGGUCUAAGGAACAAACAUAUCGCAAAUCCACGUAACUCCUGCCCACAAGAUCCGGAAAUCGACAAUCCACUCAGUAAUAAUACAAGGUCUUGCUGGUCAAGAUAUUUUGCUGAUGGAGAGUUGAGAAGUUUAAUUUUGAAAGAUGUCGAAAGAACCUUUCCUGAAAUGGAAUACUUCCAAAAUCCAUCGGUGCGAAAGAUGAUGUGCAAUGUAUUAUUAGUGUAUGCAAAAGAAAAUAGUUUUCUCGGGUACAAACAGGGUAUGCACGAAAUUUUGGCGCCGCUCGUUUUUAUUCUGUACAAUGAUCAGCAGGCUUUUCAUCACGCCGCUGAAGAGUUUCAGUUGAGGGCCCUUGAUCGAGUGGAGCAGGAUCUCCUUCAUCAAUUGCAUGACAACACAUUUUUAGAGGCUGAUGCAUACUCAAUAUUUUGUGAGGUAAUGCGUGAGAUUAUUCCAUGGUAUGAAGAUGGAGUUACCGACCCCCCGGAACCACAUCCAUUUGAGAGACUUCAGGACUCCACAGCUACUUCCCAGCUUCUAGAAAAACUGAAAGAAUAUGGAAAUACGUUGGAGUUGAAAGACCCUGAGCUUUCGAAGCAUUUGUCAAACUUGGACAUACCGGCUCAACUUUAUGGAAUAAGAUGGCUGCGAUUGCUCUUUGGCCGUGAAUUCCCCUUACCAGACCUACUCUUCCUUUGGGAUCUCAUUUUCUCAGAUCGACCCGUUGCUCAAAUCGUCAAAUGCAUUUUCCUUGCAAUGCUUGUAUAUAUCCGUGAAAAUUUGUUAGUCUCUGAUUACGGUGCUUGUCUACAAUACUUGAUGCGAUAUCCACCUGUCGUUGACGUCGCCUCAUUUGCGCAGCUGGUUUUGCAUUACAAAUCUCCUCAGCUAUAUCCAAAGCCCAAAGAAUUAACAGUGCGUAACUAUACAAAUAUAACGGUACAAGGCACAAUUCAUCCGAGCAGCAGCUCACAAAAGUAUCGUACUUCAUCCCAGCCACCACCCGUGAAACCGAGCAGAGCACAACGCCAUCGUCAGAGUCGCAGAUAUCAACGUCAAGAAUCCGACACUCCACGGCCAGUAACCGAUACGGAAGUGCAAAUACUGGAAGAGCAAGUGGCUGUACUACAACAACGCCUCAACGAAAAUGACAUCCACACGGCUAGUGCAGCGCAAAAAAUUAAAGAAAUCGUCAACGAGCUCAGCUCCGGCGAUUUUGAUAGGACCGAAGUCGUCGCUAGACUGAAAACGAUUGGACAACAACUUGGUCGGCUGACCAUUAGUCGGCAUAGCGGCGAUGGAAUGCCCGCGAAUGAAGAACAUUAUGGACCAAUUGAGAUUGCCCAAGAAGCACCGAUGGGAACGCCGAGGAUAACGAACAACAAUGAAAUGAAGGAGAUUUCAGUUCUGAAAAAAGGGCCAACAACAUUACCUAGAGCAAUAGCCCCACAAGCGGGCCAUUCAAAUCUGAAAAUGCAGCAGCCGGCUGCAAGUUCGCCUGCGCCAUCUAGGCAACCGGUUCCGCCGCAACAACCCAGCAACAUCGAUAAUUUGUUGAAAACAUUAACUGAGAAUACGCAACGGGAUGAUGCCAAAUUGUGCGCUUUGCGGGAAAUUUGGACAAUGUUCGACAUCUACUCAAAUUCUCCUGCUUAUGCACAGGCACUGGACGCUUUGUAUCGAGCCUUCUUCAAAUUGUUUGUGGACACAAAUCCGCAAUUUAUUCAGGAGAAUAACACACAGCAAUUAAGAAAGUUGGUGUUGGAAAUAAUGUUGAGGACGAGCUCUCACGAGGUAGCAAAGCGUCAUACAUGUGAUACGCAAAAACUGAUGCUCCGUUUGAUCAAAGAUGACAACGAGGAUAACGGGUGUCUGGCUCUAAAAAUUCUUGUCGAUCACGUUCGAACGUUUCGGAUACAUCAGGAAGUGCAGAUUCGAGAUAUUGCCUCUAUCGUACAACAUUUCCGCAAUGCCUUCUUUGAUAUGCACAAACACAUCGCCGACCCGAAAAUGUUUGAGCUGCUGAAACCACGACGACCCACACAGCCGAUGCAAGAGGAUGCGCUUAUUGCUCAUUAUCUACUCACGUGCUUCUACCCUCAAAAGGUCUAUUUUUCCGAAGGGCCUCACAACCAGGAAGGACAACCGAAAGAACCCGAGUACUUCUUGAUCCCGAGGGCCUCUCAGUCGCUGAAGCUGUUGUCUGAAAUGGCGCUGUUGUUUAUUCUGAUCUAUCAUCAUUACAAAACACAGAUUGUCAGCGAGAUUUCGGAGCUGAUGAAAGCGAUGAUUUCGUUUACAAAUCUGACGGUCCCAGUUCCACCAUUCGUCAAAGAUCAACGCAAUACAGUCAAUAGCGAGCUCCGAGACGAAUUCUUCAAUUGUCAAAUGAAGACUCUGAACUUUGUGGCGUUCAUCGCCAAGUCUUCUCCAGAAGCCGUCUUCGCCAAUUCGCCCCAAUUGCUCUCUGGCAUUUUCAACUUGCUGGACACAUGCCCCGCCGAGAUGGUACAGGCUAGAAGGGAGCUGUUGAUGGCUGUCAAAUAUUUCUACACAAGCGAUUUUCGCGACAAAUUCCGGAACUACGUCGCAAGACUGUUCUCUGAGAAGCUGAUGGUUGGGACUGGCUAUACUUGCCAGGAUACGAUACGCCCCAUGAUGUAUUCGAUCAACGCGGACUUGCUACAUCAUCUUCGGCUGCAGCUAUCAUAUCCGAUCCUCGUACACACUAUAUUCGUCUAUUCACGCUGUAUUCACGACAUUUCGCUGCCAGCAAAUUUGCAAUCAAUGUGCGUGCGUUUGAUGAUGAAUCUUUGCGAGGCUUUCGGAAAGCUUGAAAAAGAACAGGAAGCGCCGGGUCGUGAUAUCUUGUUCAACAUCCUCGAGACGUGCAACAUGAAGCUGAAAGUGCUCGCUUAUCAGCACAUGCCAUUACUAUUCAAACAACAUGGCAAUGGCAUGGAGUGGAGAUCGGACGUGGAAAAUAUUACUGUCGAUAAAGAGAAGAAUGAGAGCAAGACCUUUCUAGUAAAUGAUGUUGUGAUUGAGGAUGGCCCAUGGGACGAUAUAAUGCCAACGAAUGGUGAUGCGUAUGAAGUUCGCAUCAGAAGAUCCUCAUCCUCAGUAGAUUCUGUAGCAGAAUUGGAAUCUCCAGAGGCAUACUACGCUGACGAACGUGUGAGAGCUAGAAUGCCACCCCCGCUUCCGGAAGAAAAACCAAACGCUCGGGGGACUUCCGUACAGCAACUGCUACACGAUGUCUGGGCAAUCCCGGCCCCUCCACUAAACCUCAAUGAUUGCCGAAAUAUGAUCAAAUACUUGAUCCAAUGCGCCAAAUACGUCCUUGCCCAACUCAUCGAUUCAAAUUUAAAGCGCACUCAAAACAGCCUUACCUACAUGGAGGAACGUGAUAUCUUCUCACGUUUCUUCAAAUACGGCUUGAUUUGUUUGGAUGUCUUCAUGCUGCCGAUUACGUCGGGAAGGAAUAAUAAUGUUCGAACCAAAGACGAGCGAGAAUGCAUCGAUUCGUUUGCAAACGUCUUUGCCAAUCUUAAUCCGGACGUUUAUCAAGAGAUCUUUUCGAACCACAUCGAGUUUUUAAUCGAACGUAUCUCCCGGAAUUUCGCUCUUCAACUGAUCUGCAACUCAUUUCUGGUCAACCCGACCACGUCUGCACGAUUUGGCGGCAUUUUGGUCCACUAUUUGCUUGAAAGGCUGCCGCAAAUGAGUGUGAACACACAUCGCUCUGGGCUUCAUCUCAAGCUUUACAAGCUGAUGUUCUCAGCGGUUUCUUGUGCUCAAUCUUCUGGGUGUGCGGAUAUUGAAAAGAUGCUGCGGCCGUAUAUGCAUGACCUUGUUAGUCAAGCAAUGAAGUUGGCGCUGACCAGCAAGGAUCCACAGAACUACUUCUAUUUGCUACGUGCUCUAUUCCGAUCGAUUGGUGGUGGAGCCCACGAUAUGCUCUACGUACAAUUCCUACCAUUGCUGCCUGAUCUUCUAAAGAAGUUAAACAGACUCCAGUCAUCAGCUCACCGUCAAAUAAUGCGCGAAUUAUUUACCGAGCUAUGUCUGACGAUCCCCGUACGGCUGUCAUCCCUAUUACCAUACCUCAGCCUAUUAAUGGACCCACUUGUAUCAGCGCUUAAUGGAAGCACAUCUCUGAUGCAACAAGGCUUGCGCACCCUUGAACUUUGCGUUGACAACCUUCAACCGGAAUAUCUUUAUGAACAUAUGGGCUCCGUACGUCCGUAUCUCAUUGAGGGUUUAUGGAAACGGGUUGGAUGCGGCAAUGACCUUCAAUCGUCUACUUCGGCGCUACGAAUUCUGGGAAAAUUGGGAGGGAGCAACCGCAAGGUGCUUGUCACACCACAGCGACUCCAAGUCCUCACCGAAGACGAUCUGAAAAAAUUCUAUCUCGUUCUUGAUGUGGACGGUCGAACGACAAUCGACCGAAAUUCGGGCGUUGAUCUGGAGACCCUUUUGGCUAAUGGAAAGCAAAAUCGUUUAUUUAGAAAUGCUUCCGGUGUCGAGGGAAGUUCAACACACCCAGUUCCCAACUAUGAGCUCCGAAACCUCUGUGCCGAGUGGGCUCGUUCGAUUAUUCUCCUCGCUCUCUCACCUACAGUACCCACCGAUUUUACUCCUGGCAUUGUAGAAGAAAUUCGUAACACGUUGAGGAAAAUGGAGAAUAUUUCUGACGCUCCGGCGUAUAUUUGUCGGAAGAAUGUGACGAGACAGGUGUAUGUCAAUGCGUUGACAGCCCUAUUUUUCGUAAUCGUCGGGAAAGACCUUCGCCCAAAGCACCUAAAACUCUUCAAUGCUGUCGUGAAACAGUUGACAUUGCAAUCGUUGAUGGAGUUGAUUGCAAAGGACGAGCUGAUGUGUGCACAUCCCAUCGAAAACUGCAUGGAUUCGGCGAUUCUGGUCGAUGCGUUUAUUGCGACAAUUUCUGAUAUUAGCAAGGAGUUUGUUAAAUCGGCCUUUGUUGCACUUCGUCACAUCCUUGAUGUAUAUCUGGCUUUUAUCGAGGAUUUGAAUCAGCUGGCAAAAAUGCCAUUCCUUAAAUACCUCCUUGAACAAGUCUGCAAAUUAUGCCAUGCGGAUUCAUGGUUCUCCCGUGUGGGUGGAGCAACGGCACUGUAUUCGAUUAUCGGCACUUUUCCCCAGCCAUUCCUCGUUUACCAUAUCUCUCUAAUCAUCCAGAGUUUGUUGGAGACUCAAUUCGGGCUACAGGACGAGGUUUCGCAGGGCGCAAUUGAUAUGGCACUAGCGGGACUGCAUUUGUUGCACAAGAAAUGCCUACCCAAUUUCCAACCUAAUGACGAACUCGCCCGCGGAAUCGUUACCAAAAUGGUGUUGGAGUAUUCGAGACAGCUUUUCAACCCGGACGCCGCGUUCCGAAGACAGGUGUACGGUCUCCUCCAUAAUCUCGCCAAACACACGAAUCUGCCACUUGAGACCCUAUUCGUGCCCAUCAAGCAGCAUGUCCGAAAAGAUUUUGAUGUGGCCAUCGAAAGAUUUGGGGGAGAUUCGAUGCAUGCCCAAAUUGCUACAAUGGGAACGUUCACUUUCCUAUUUGCCGGUGAAACCCCAUUCCUUGAUAUGAAGGAAGAUGAAAAAUGGCCUUUUGCUUUCCUGGAGCGCGUGAUGUGGAUUUGUGCGGGGACUGAAGAAUCGUUGCUCGAAGAUCCGUUGUACAGAAUGCUGGGUCCUUCUUCGCACUUUCCCCAUGAUCUGUUGCAAAGGAUUGUUCCGUUGCGCCAGUCUGCAGCUGAAUGCCUGGUUGCUUGCCUUCGGAUGCUACACAAAAUUCGGCUGACUUCAUCAUCCAGUGCCAGUCAACCAAUGCCUAAACCAGGAGAGCUCAUUGAGCAGGCGCUUCGAUUGCUUGGGGAUAAACAAGAAAAAGUUCAGCUUGCGACUCGAGAUGCUCUUCAACGGUACCACAAAUCUCACCCAAUACCUCCCCAUCUCCUCCAAGAAGCCUUCAAUCGAGUUCUGAUCCAACUUGACGAGCUGGUAACUGACGUCAAUCUACGUCAUCUAUGCCACUUUGUCUAUAUCGAAAAUGGCCUUGUCAACGCCAAAGUACACAAUAUUGCCGAGAAGCAAUUAAUUGCCUGGAAUGCCGAGGGAAGAAUUGAGCGUGGUUCCCAUCAAAUCUACUCCCUUUAUUCCCUAAGCCAGCUUCUGAAUAUGUCACCGCUAUUUAAUGAUUGGUUCGUCGACCCGCUCUGCCGAUUCUUGACGCUUCUAGAUUAUGACUAUGUGAUUGACAAACCUCUGGACUUUGAACGUAUCGCGCUAAAGUUUCUAUGCAAAUUCCCGCGGGAGACUCUUCGUUUCUUCUUGAAACGCGAAAGUGUGAUUUGUCCGGCACGUCGGGCAUUGAUGAGGCGCUUUUUGAAAUCGGAAGAUUCGGCUCCGAUCAAGGAUGUGGCCACGCAAGAUGAAGCCAUUUUUUCGAAUAUGCUGCAGGGCAGGAUGCUGGACGAUGUGAAUCUCCCUAAUGGCGCGUGGCAAUGGCUGCCACCCCUCAACCAGACCGAGCAAUUAUAUUCUGAAUAUGAGUUGAUGACCCUGACGCUGAUAGACAGAUGUUCUCGAGACAAUGUUGUAUGGUAUGCGGAUGCUCAUCGCCUGGUUGAACAGCUACGCGAGCUAUGGGUCAGCCCUGAAUUCAAAAUCCGGCAUCUCGUGAAGUCCGACAAUUUCAAUCAUCAUUUCUUCCCGGAGGCACCCGAAGAAGCAAACAGCCAGAAUAAACCGACGGAGCAGAUCCCCGUCCGAAUGCUGCACAUUACCAAAUACAAAGUACCCAAACUUCUGGUCACUUGCCUAAUCCGAUAUCUCAGAACAAAUUAUACCCAAAUUGAAAUUCUGUUCGACACGAUGAGCUGCUUUGUCGGCAACUACGCCACCGAUUUCACAUUUGUGCGAACGUUUUUGGAGCAAGAGGUCAUCCCCAAAUAUCCACUUGAAUGGAUCCGUAAUGCCUUCUUCAAAGUGAUGGAUCGGCUGUUGGAAGAUCCCACCUUGAGAAUGAAAAGUUUGGAUUGGGUGAAGGUGAUCCAGUAUCUGUUGAUCCCUUGUCUACAGUAUACUCUUGAAAGAUAUGACGUUGAUGCGGUGGUCGGGCCUCUUUGUUUGCAAGAGACACAAGCGCCUGGAUCGACAGAUUCGACCCCGAUGGAGGAGCAUGAUCCAUACUUGCUAAACCAGAAUAUGGUGGCACGUUUGGAAAAGGUGCUCACAAAAUGCCAGGAUAGUAUGUCGGCUCGGAUGACAGUUGUCAUCUUCCAACUGGCCACAGUUUUCGUGAAAUUUGCGCCUCACCAUAUUCAUGACAAUGCCAGCAAAAAGCAAGGGGCUCGACUUCGAUCGUUGAUGCUCCUGGGAUGGCCGUAUCUUAACCAGCCGUCUCAAGAUAUUACCAUUAAAUACUCGGCUCAUUUGUUCUUGGCCCAUAUCAUUGAAAAAUUCGCCAUCAACCGAAAAAUUGUCCUCCAGGUGUACCACUCCCUGAUGGCCGCUUAUCACAUCGAUAAUCGAGAUGUCGUUAAGCAUGCGAUUGAUAUUAUCACCCCAGCUGUUCCGGUCCGGAUGGACGAUGGCUACUACCAACUGCUCAGCACCGUACGGAGGAUCCUACUGGAAGAGACACAUAAUGCUACACAUGCCUAUUAUUGCAUAUAUGUGGUGUGCCGAAACUAUCGUGUUUUCUACUAUGUGCGUCACGAGCUGUUGACGUCACUUCUUGGGACCUUGACAAAACUUUUCCAACAGCAGGCGGGUGGCCACCUUGAGGGCAAGAAACUUGCGGUGGAGGUGUGCGAAAUUGCAAUAAAAUGGGAGUUGCUGCGGAAUCAGAAGGUCCAGGAGAGAUAUGGACAAUCUACCGGUGCCCUGUCCCAAGAUGGAGAUGAAGUCGAUGGAUUGCUUGAAAAGCUGAAGGGUGAACCUGAGCCUGAUGUUCGGGAGGAGGACGUAAAGCGGGAAGUCGUUGAACCUGGAAAUGGAACACCACUUCGCGAAGGGCAUGAUCCACAACUUCCUAAGGAGCACCAACCUCUUGCCAAAGAACAUGUUGAACAAGUCAUCUCGCUAUUGCUUCGAAUGGCCGUUCAUUACAGCAGUUCGUCACAAAGCAGCAGCCAGCAAUCAAAUGCUGAAAUUACUAAAAAGAGCUUCUCCCUGCUGCGUGCUGCUUUGAAGCCUCGAGUAUGGGGAUCGAUUGCUAUGCCGAAAAUAUCUUGGCUGGAGCGGCAACUGAUCCAAAGCAUUGAAGCGUACCGGAAAGAGGGAAAUCAGGCUCAGGCUGCCCAAGCUGCACAUAUUUUGGAAGUGCUUGUUACGUUGAUCCAGAUUAUGCCCCCUCCACUCGUUGUUCAAACCGUCCAAAGUUUGCAAGCGGCACUUUCGGAUUGUAUGCUGAGCAACAAUACUGGGCUGGUCCGAGCCGUGAAUGCCCUCGUAAAGGCGCUUUUGGAGAAGACGCGCUCUUCCGAAAAAGGAUUGGAUCAAUUUGACGAGCUAAACACGGCUAUUUACAAACAUCUCCACAACCAGCUAUUCAAUUAUGAAAAGUCGCAAAAUGCUAGCAUCCAAACGAUCUACACAGGCUUCUCCCUUCUCCGCAUCAUUGGUCUACAUCAACCGGAUUAUAUCAAGGCCCAGAUUGGAAUUCAACUCUACGCCAAAGUGAUCCAGAAAAUGGGCAAAGAACAUCAACAUUAUCUUCAAAUGAAGGGCGAAAAGGAGAAGGGAAUGUCAGAUCUUUUUGAAGUGGCUGUUGACCUGCUACGGCCACAUGUUUCUGCAAUUCCGGAUGAGAAUAAGAGGCACCUCUUGGCUAUCAUCGGCGUGAACAUCGAGAAAACCGAUCAACCAAAGGUGGCGGUGGCAUCUCUGAAUCUUUUACAUGAUAUCGUUGCUAGUCUUGGAGAAAAUCUUCCAAGUCCAAUGAUGCAAGUUAUUGCCCGAUUGGUGCCAAUUAGUGAGCGACGAUUUAAAGAUGCGCAGGCCGGAAAGCCCCUUUUCCAACAAUUCUUGAGUACGGUGUUGAUCAUUUUCUCCCACAAACGUCUACGUGAUAUGCCGGAAGCCGAAAAGUUGCUCCCCGCUUUCGCCGCUGGGUUGAAUUCUUCGGACGAAACAAUUCGAACAAAAUUCUUGGAAGCAUGGGAUCGAGAACGAGACCGUUGUGUCAUCGACCGCAUACGCUAUUUAUUCGGCGUCUACAAUUGGGCACCAAUGCGGGACACCUUUUGGUUGAAGCACGUUCUCUACAUGCUGCUGAAGAGCUCGAAAAAAACUCUUGUGGCUCAGCGUUGCCAGUCGGAAGAGGGAUCGGGUUUCGCUUCGCUUUGGAAUACCCUGGCAGCAACAACUGGAUUGGCAGGCAGGAGAAGGAGAAACUUUGAAUCAGGCCUGGAGAAUCGAUUCAAAGAGGAACCAAUGGAAGUGGAUGAUUUGGACAAAGAAGAAGGGAUCCUAUCCGAUAAGCUUUCACCUCCACAGCAACGAGAAGCCAUUUUCAAGGAAGUUAGUGGCCUACUUACGGAUGCCAUUAACAACACUAUGGUCGAUCCGAUCGACCAACUUUUGCAAUUGAUUUUCAAUAUACAAGACAUCCGAUUUGUGGCGCAGUUCUUCCAGACGGUCUUUAUAUCGUUGUGGCAGCGGAUGAGCGUCACUGAUCGCCAAUCCUUGGAAACAACGCUUUGUCAAUUUAUUUCGUCAUCGCGUCACGGAAAUCCGACUCAACCAGGCCAUCCAUCCGUAUUGACGGUGCUCAUAGACACCUUUACAAAAUGCGGAAUCCAUAUACCACCGGCCGAGAUUAGUUACGUCGCGAAUUACCAUACGGGCUGGCAUCGAGCUGUUCUACUACUUGAAGAAAUGGCUGAACAUUCGCCACGUCUUGCAUCUGUUGCUCCGAUGCUCCAAUACACCUCUGGGGACGCCAUCUCUCAGGAUUUGUCAAGUCAUCUGAGUGUUCUUAACCGCCUGGAUAGCCUCUACGAGCAUUUACAUGAAUUCGAUCAAAAGAGUGUUAUUUGGAGCCGAAGAGCCCUGCUACCGUAUACCAGCCGAGCCAUGGAUUUGUACCUACAAGGCAAAUACCAAGCAGCAGUGACAUUUAUCGACCAAAACAAUGAGAUGUGGCUCGACCGUUUGAAGCAAACGAACUCGUUGCAAUGCACAAUUCAGUGGGAGCAAGAACAAGAGGCAAUCACUGAUAUCUGGAAAAAGAGCCUGUUCGAAUUGUGUGAUUGGGAGAGACUUGACGCAUACGGGAAGGCUGCACAGAACCCAGAAGUAUUAAUGAAGAUCAGCCCUCAUCUUUCCGAUUGGUCUCUGCUGAGGGAUUGUGUUGCUCAGAUUGGGGCUUGUGUCCCUAGAAAUCUGAUCGUAUCUCAUAGCCUUCACCAAUCAUUGCUCAAUGUCAUGGCACCUGAGCUUCAACCUAAAGAAAAUCAGGCUGAAUAUAUUUCCCACUGCACUGAUGAACUACAGAAAAAUAUUGUGGACGAAUGGAGAAAAUUGCCUACAGUAAUCGAUGCAUCCCACGUGCCACUCCUUCAAGCAAUGAACAUCGUUCAAGAAAUUAACGAAUCUGCCCCGGUCAAGCAUGGCAUAUACAUGGCCCAGCAAACUGCUCCGAGCGCCCAAACCGUUUUGGACAUCAAAAACAUUGUAAAGACAUGGCGCAACCGUGUUGGAUGUGUAAGCGACUCGUACUCAAGCACCGUAUUCGCUCAGCACUUCCGGUUGAACAUCCAUGCAGAUGUGCUUCCGCAACCGGCUUUCCAAAACCAGCAAAUGUUGCCGAUUCACAGUUCAGCUCAAGCACAGCUGGCCAUUGCACAGGGAGCACGGAAGCGAAAAUUGUAUGAUUUUGCGGAAGAAUCGUUGUUGAAAUUACAUACGCUACCAAGUCUUCCCCUGCUCGAUGCCCAGUCUACCGUACUCGAACAGCUAAAGCUCUACCGUACCAUGGCUUCAGACCCCGAGAUUCAGGAAGGCACUGCCAGAGAGCUUCUUGGUCAUGCACUUGCUCUCUGCGAACGUGCUCCUUUGGAAGGACAAACCAAAGAACUACUUUGCAAGAUCUUUGCCCAAAAGGGUAGAAUCCUAUCGAAACUUGGGCGCGGUGAAGAUGCGGAUAAGGCAUUCAUGACGGCUGCCAAUAUACAAGAAGUGGCCGUCAACAACAAAGACUUUAGCGCGUUCUACGCAUGGGGCAAACAUUUGGACGAUCGGUUCCAUGCUAGACGAAAUUCUCAAUCUGCAUUGGCUGAGGGUCGAGAGGCCUUGACAUGUUUCCUGGAUGCCGCCCGGAUUGAUAAUGAAGGAAAAGCUGGGAAGAGCAUUGCACGAUUCUUGUUCACCCUGAAAUGCAUGGAAGCCCUUGGUGAUACGAUGAUACACGAUGCCAUUGAUGCCCUGCUAAGACAAUGUACCGCAUUUAUCAACCCGUCAAAUUGGCUCCAAUGGCUCCCCUCCCUUUGUGAUUGCAUUCGAGAAAGAUCGGGAUCUUCGGUGUUUGCAAUUAUUGCUAGGGUGGCUAAAAUGCACCCAAUCCAGACGUUCUAUGUGAUUAGAGGAUUGCUACCGGCAGAGGCUAUCGAUAAGAUUUGUGCAAGAGGAAUGACACCAGGGCAAACGUCUGUUGAUCCAACCCAAUCGGCUGAUAUUAUCGCCAACAUGCCGAUUAAGCCUUGGCAACGAACGUUGGUCCACGCGUUGGAUAUCGUACUCGAGCAACGUCCAAGUGCAAUCCGAGCUCUCCAUCGCAUCCUCCAAUCCCUCUCGAACAUACCUGAAUAUUGGGCUGAGCGCCAACUUCGCGAAUCCCUGGAAGUCCUCGAUAUGAUCAAGCGUCGUCUUGCUUCAAGCCGCUUCAAGGGCUUUUCCUGCCGUGUCGUCGGCAAUUCAUUGAUUGAGCGUGUCGAGCGAUGGUCACAACUUCUUACAAAUCCAACUGAGAAUGUCGCUUAUUUGGAAGAGAAAGGCGGAGAAUGGAUGGCCAGUCAAGAAGAUUUUGAUGAGGAUGAAUGGAAGUUCCGGGAUGGUAUGACCAAGAAGAUUCUCGAUUUUUGCCGUGUAGUGGCAAGUCGAACAAGUUUACUACCAUCGCUUGGACUUAUUAAUGGAAUUCGAACACUGUUACUGAAACGAUUAAAGGCACUACCGAGCACCGUAAUCCUCAAUAAUAUCGAUCCAUGGCUAGCCAAUUUCUCGUCACGAACUGCCGACGUCGAGCUCUUUUCCGAAUUAUUCACAACAAAACCGGUCCAAUAUCUUUCGAUGAUCACUCGAUUCGAUUCGCGCGUGCAUGUCCAAAUUCGUGCUGGACGGCCUGUCAAAAUGAUUGAAGUCCGAACCCACACCGGAAAGACGACCUCUUGGUUGAUACAACGUGACCCCAUCGACCGUAACCCAGAAGAACCAAACAGCCUCUCUACUGACGCAUCUGCCGCUCGAUUGGCUCAUUUUUAUACCCAAUUUAACAAUAGUUUGCGCAAGGAUACGGAAACAAGCAAACGAUUCUUGAAUCUGCAUGUGCCAACAAGAUUGGAGAUUGCCUCUCGAUGCUCACUUGUGCAAAUCCCAGCCACCAGCAGUUCACUUAUCCAACCGAUCGAUGUUAUGGCCAAGCACUUCGAGCCAAUCUUCAUGGAGCCGGAUGACUUGAUUGAUUUCUUCUACAAGAAUUUGGUAGCCGACGAUGUGAACGAUGUGAAUCCAGAGCGAAUGCAUACAGCUAUGUAUAAUCAAUUCACGGAGCACAGCCAGAGUAUGAUCCCGGAUAGCGUCUUCCAAAAACAUAUUGCUGAACGGUUGCCUGAUCCGACACAGUACUAUGCGCUCAGGAAGCAGUUUUCAAAGCAACUCGGUCUUAUUUCACUGCUCGAGCUCUCACUUGGAGUCGGGGCUUUCUGGCUAGAAGAUAUGAAUUUGUGUGAAUCCUCAUGCCUACUCUGGCAUUCCAAUUCCAAGCUUUAUCUGCCUCCGCCAAGUGCCACCGUCGAAAUUGCCCCUCCAUUCCGAUUCACGCCAAAUCUCCAGAAAUUCAUUGGUUUCAGCCGAGAAGGUCACUUGCGCUGGGCAAUGCACGCGGCUCGACGCUGUAUCGAACUGGAUCAAAUUCGGCCGUUCUUGAACAUUUUAUUCUUUGAUGAGGUGGCCGAGAUUUCGGGGCGGAGUAAUGUUCAAUUCUUCGAGCGUUAUAUUACACAGAUCGAGGAAAGAAUCCGACGCCUGACAAGCCCAGAAGAAAAUACUCAAGAAGAUGCCCACUCGCGGAUGAUUAAUGAAUCGACCCCGCAACAGCUCAGCAGGGCCGACCCCUCAUGGCAUCCAUGGUUC